AUGGAGGGUGAAGAAGAAAUAUUGGAGCCAAUGAGCCCAAGUGCUCAAUACUUGAGGAGCUCUGCGUUAUCACUUACAAUCUUAGGAGUUUUGGAAAUUGAAAAUGAAAUUGAUGAUUCAAUGACUAUGUCUCUCCUCAAAGAUAUUUUCUUGCCAAUAAACCCUCGUUUCUCCUCCGUUAUGGUUAGUAACAAGAAAGGAGAAAGGAAAUGGAAGAAGGUAGAGGUGAAUGUGGAAGACCACAUCAUCGUCCCAACUUUCCCUGGUGGCAUGUCGGUGGACUACUACGACGAAUGUUUCAACGACUACUUGUCGAAAAUAGCGGCGGAACAACUCCCAUUGCAUCAACCACUUUGGGAAAUCCACAUACUCAAAUACUCUACCAAGAAUGCAGCGGGCAACGUGAUCUUCAAGCUCCACCACUCUUUAGGCGACGGCUACUCCUUGAUGGGAGCCCUCCUCUCCUGCCUCCGAUGUGCGGAUGAUCCCUCGAUGCCAUUGACAUUUCCGUGGGUACGUACCAGAAUCCGUCACAAAAGCUGCUUUUUGCGACGGAUUCCUAGGUUUUUUACCAGCCUUGUUCACACGGCUUGCGAUUUUGGGGGUAGCCUCUUAAAGAGCACCUUCAUGGAGGACGAUAACUCGCCAAUUAGAUCGGGAGCCGACGGUGUGGAAUUCCGGCCGAUCGCGACCGCUACAACCACUUUUUCUAUUGACCAGCUCAAGCAAAUAAAGAGCAAGCUCAAUGUGACUAUUAACGACGUCAUAACUGGUGUGAUAAUAUUGGGGACUCGACUAUACAUGCAAAAAGCAGAUGAAGAAUCAAUUAAAUCAAAGACAACAGCCCUAGUCUUGCUCAACACUAGAGCUAUUGGAGGCUACAAAUCAAUAGAUGAGAUGAUCAGACCUAAUUCGGACUCACCAUGGGGCAACCGGUUCGCUUUCUUACAAGUUCCUCUGCCUAAAUUGACUAGGGCCGAGCUUCUCAACCCGCUUCAUUUUGUCAAAAAAGCUCACCGGAUCAUCAAGAGACAGAAGAACUCUCCCGCGGUUUACCUAACUGGGCAGCUUCUUCGUUUUAUUACAAUGGUUAGAGGUCACCAGGCAGCGUCUCGACACAUCCUUGGAACAUUAAAGAACACAAGCAUGGCGAUAUCGAAUUUGGUCGGGCCCAUAGAACAAAUGACGUUGGCCAAUAACCUUUGUAAAGGACUAUACUCCGUCGUUGCAGGGACACCUCAGAGUCUAACGAUAACAAUGAUAAGCUAUAUGGGAAAUAUGAGGAUUGCAGUGACAACAGAGAAAGAUUUCAUUGACCACAAUGAAAUGAUGUCAUGUAUCGAAUUUGCCUUUGAUGUUAUCUAUAAAGCUGCCCUUGAAGCUUAAACUACAUUUAUCUAUACAUACACAUACAUGAAAGAAUAUUUGUAUGCAUUGAAAUAUUGGGGAUUUUAUGUGUUUAUUAGUGUUUGAUACUACUAUUAUAUAUACAUUGAAAAAUUGGGGAUCAAAA